GGUCAGAGUUCACACGUCCUUUGGGUACCGGAGGUGAGAGUGUCCUCCAACACGCGUGUUCCUCUCCCACUGUUGGCUGCUCCGCGUUCGUUUGGCCGCCGCUCCUGUCGCGCACGUCGACCCGCUGUGAUGCUGAAGUCUCUGAGCCACAUCGUGAGCGCCGCCGCUCGCCUCAGCGCGGCCUCCUCAUUCCGGGUGCUGGAGCCCGCGGUGCGCAGCCGGCUAAUCUGCGCUCCCGCCUCGGCCACCAUCCGGCCCUUCACCCGCUCUCUCUGGAUGAUGAGCAAGAGUGGCGGACACGGGGGACCCGGGCUGCUCGCCGCCAGUGGACGCGUCCCUCCCGUGUCCUGCGGCUGUGGGGGGCUUCACACGGAGGGUGAUAAAGCAUUUGUGGAAUUUCUCUCCGAUGAGAUCAAAGAAGAGAAGAAGAUUCAGAAAAGCGCGUCUCUUCCCAAGAUGUCGGGAGGGUGGGACAUUGAAUUGAAUGGCACGGAAGCCAAAUUAAUUCGCGCAGUUGGAGGGGAGAAUGUGACCAUCACAUUUAACAUCAACAACAGCAUUCCACCAACUUUUGACGAAGAGCCUGAACCAGGUCAGAAGGCCGACGAGAAUGAGCCUGAAAUUGUGUCAACCCCUAACUUUGUAGUAGAAGUAACAAAACCAGCCUCAAAGCAUUCCUUGGUGUUUGACUGCCAUUACCCUGAAGAUGAGACUGGACGUGGAGAUGGGGAGGAGGAGAGUGACAUCUUUGCCAUCCGCGAGGUCAGCUUCCAGCCUGUUGGAGAGUCGGACUGGAAGGAGACCAGCUACACGCUCAACACCGACUCGCUGGACUGGGCCCUCUACGACCAUAUGAUGGACUUCCUGGCGGACCGGGGGGUGGAUAACACCUUUGCGGAUGAACUUGUGGAACUGAGCACUGCCCUAGAGCACCAAGAAUACAUCAAGUUCUUAGAGAAUCUUAGCAGCUUUGUGAAGUGUCAGUAAGGAUUGACUUGGCUCUUGUGGUUUCAAACAAGUUUUCUUUAAAAGUCAUGUGAGUAACAUGAGUGUAAAAAAGCAAAUCUGCAGAAUCAGGGUUACCUGCACCUUGUACGGUUGGUGCAUUUUGAACAUGUCCAAAUUAUGGCACUCUUUCAAGUUCAUUUUAAGUGUAAUGGCUUAACUUUCUAAUUAUGGCCAUACCCUGACAUAAGGUUUGAAAUGCAGUACUAGUAGAGGGAAGAGAAAUGUAAGUGCUUUUUCUUUAAAAAGGUACUUACACCUCCCUUAAUAAUAACAGGGAGGUCAGAUUCCAUGUUUAUGCUGUAGUGCACUUGUUAAAUCUGGGGUUGAAAAGGGCUGCUGAACUUGUUCUUGUUUCAAGAGAAUUUGAAGGCAGUGGCAGAUGUUAGUGUUCUGGUCUUCAUGGUGUCAUUUUAUGGCCUGUUAUUUUGAAGUUUCAUAACUGAAUUGAAUAAACAUUAUGACUUGG